AGGCCAGAAGGGACGGACGGAUUGAGAAUUUUGGCUUGGCAUGAAAGGAGAAAGGACGAGCGAGGAAGAACAUCAGGAAAAACCUGUAUCUGGAUCAUGAAGAAUGCGGUCACAGAUCCUGUCGCGACUACCUUACCUGUACACAGAGGUCGUCUUUUCAUCGUUGUUGUUUUUGCCGCAGUGUAUUAGCGAUGGCGCUUAUUCUUGUUUCUGGUUGAUGUUUUUCCUCAUAGCGACAUGCAGUACAGCAUCUUCUAGUCAAAAAAAAGCGUGUUCCAUAUCAUAUCGAUACAUCUAUCAAGCUUCUCGAUAACGCUUCUUCCUCUUUGCACAGAUAUCGUGACGUUCGUCAAUCUCAUGAGCUGUAGUAUUAUAGCCAUUGUCAUAACCUCAAGCCUUGCAGCAUGUCCAUCUGA